UUCUCUGUCCAUGUCGCGCAUUGUUUUCCUCGCAACAGGCGGCGCAUAGCGAUUGUUGGGCGUUGAUUGAGUGAUCUGCGCUUUGUGUGAAGUGUUGGCUGAGUGUUCUAAGGACACCAUAAGUGUGUUAACCAGAAGAGGCCGUUGAUUUUAUGUAUAGUCCCUGAAGGCUGUGAAAUCUUCCCAGUUAUGCCAUCUCAUAGACACAGGCGUGACCGAACGGAAGUCAGCUGUUGUUUAAAAUAUGUUAUUUUUGGAUUUAAUAUAAUAUUUUGGUUCUUGGGAUUCUCCAUCCUGGCAAUCGGUGUGUGGGCAUGGUCAGAGAAGAACACAUUCAACAACCUCAGCAAGCUGACACACAUCCCAAUGGAUCCAGCUUUCAUGUUCAUCAUUGUUGGUGCCAUCACCUUCAUCAUCGGCUUCACAGGAUGUGUGGGAGCAUUGCGUGAAAACACCUGCCUCUUGGCAUUCUACGCUAUCUGCCUGGCGAUCCUGCUGCUGCUGGAGAUGACGGGCGGCAUCCUGUGCUUCAUCUUCAAGGACUGGUUCAAGGAGCAGGCCACCGAGGGCUUCCGCGCCUUCAUCGUCCACUACCGUGACGAUCCCGACCAGCAGAACCUCAUCGAUUGGAUACAGGAAGGCUGGCUGCACUGCUGUGGCGUGGAGGGCCCCAAGGACUGGGAUGGCAACCGCUACUUCAACUGCUCGGCUGUCGCCGUCGGCAGCAGCGAGGCCUGCGGCGUCCCCUUCAGCUGCUGCAUCCCAGAGGAGAAUGAGAUCAUCAGGAACAAGCAAUGCGGCUACGGCGUGAGAAGUCCUGAUUACCUGGGUGACAGGAGCGGCGUCAUUUACGAGCGCGGCUGCCUGCGCGCCGGCGAGGAUUGGGUGGAGCGCAAUCUGGUGCCGAUAGCCGGCGCCACGGUGGCCCUGGCCGUUCUGCAGCCGCUCGACUACUCCAAGAAGAUAUACGACCAGGGAUGCCUGACGGCUGGCGAAGCGUGGGUCGAGCGUAAUCUGCUGGUUGUGGCCAGUGUGGCCGUGAGUAUCGCCUUCCUGCAGAUUUUGGGCAUCUGCUUCGCGCAGAACCUGCGCGCUGAUAUAUUCGCGCAGAAGUCCAAGUGGGGCCGCUGACAGCGACUGCAGGCGGCCCGCCCCCCGGCCGGUCCGCUCGACCUCUGAGGUCACGCGGUGACCUCAGGGUCACCGGCCUGACCUCGGGGUCACCGA